CUAUAGGGGGAGGAUGGAUAAACCUAUAGAGCGGAUCAAUUACCGUUCAGUUGUACUCGUCCGUACCAUGUAACGACGGUGCAGUAACUAUGAUCGGAUCCGAAGGAGCACAAAUGUCCGUGAAAGAGUCAUUCUAUGAAGAGAUAAUUACAAAGGGACAGUUGUCUGCCAAGACCGAUCUUAACUGUAAUAUUGAACUCGAGGAUAGUGACAUUUAUACUUCAAUGUGCAGGAAACAAGUUGAUUCGGCAGUACAAACCGACUCUGUUAGCGAUGGAGAAAACAUUUACGAUAGUAUACCUGGAGACUGUGUGUCGCAAAAUUGUGAGCAGUGCCACAUAGAUCGUUCUUUAAGCUGUGGAGCUGGUUACAUUAGCAAAGAUAGCAUUAGAAGGGAAAAGGAGGUACAACAGGACAGUCAGAGCGAACAACAAUCGAACUCUUCUUCAAGGCUUGCACCUCUCGAGUCGAAUUCUUCACCCGAUCCUGGCAGCUCAACGCAGUACGCAGAAAUCAUUCACUUGAACAAAGUUUCUGACUUUGUUCCAUCACGACCUACUCGAGAAUCGGAAAAUCCUAUUCUUAGACAGGAUUUUUCUAGUAGUCUGUCCUCCUUUCCAAACUUGCGCGAUUUACGCAAGCGCCUUACAGAAAUGUCUCAGGAACGCUGCUUGGAACAACAGCGAAGCGCGCGGACAACGCCAUUUGCUACACCGGAAUGCCCGCGAAAACCAGGCGAAAAGAUUGUUGGCCAACGUCUUUCUAAAAGCCUUUCGCCGAGAAACUCGCCUAAACAAUCCCCGCGCGAGAAACAUCCGCCAGGACCGAUUUAUGUUAAUAUGGAGUUUCCACUUGUGGAAAAUGGUGACAACAAUUCACGCCGGACUUCGGCUAGCUCCAGUAGCAGUAUUAGCUUCAACGAGCGACAGAGUUUGAGCAGUACAGACGAUUCAGUUUUUAAAGAUACGGAAGUGUCCCCCUAUGAAAAUAUCAGAGACACACUUGAUUCGGGAAGUCUUAGAGAAGAAAGCGCGCCAGUCGACAUAGUGUACAGCGAUUUACACUUUCACGAAACUCGUCCGAAACCUAAACUAGGAAAGACGUGUUCGACACCAACUGGAAGUUGUCCUGGAAAGAUAAAGGUCGAAGAAAGGUCUCGCUCGCUCCCGGGUCAACAGGUUCCUUUACAAAACAACAUUUCAAGGCAGCCGAGACCAAAAAGCCUAAGCCUUGGAAAGCUGAAUAAAGGGGCGCUUGGUUUUUACAUCGGCGCGCGCUUUGUGAAGAGCACAACUGUCCACAGGGCCAACUCAAAUACUCUUCAGUCGACUAUUCACGAUAUUGUCUCUAAGACAACGCUAGAAGAUUGCGUUUCGGUAAACGUAGAGGUUACAAUGGAUUUAAUGCGAAUCAGCACAAAUUGCUCCCCGUGGGAUGUCAUUACAAGUUUUGGCAUCGAAAACAUUGGCUGGAUAGAUCUGUACAAACAGGACACUACCGUUCUAGGUAUUAUUGUCUGUUUGCCCGAUGUAGAGGCAGAAUGUCAUGUUAUACAGUGUCAAGACGCACAACUAAUAUUCAGUGCUGUAAAGAACGCUUUCAAUUCUUCAACUUCCAAGGUUAGUGCGGUUUUACAGAUUAUUUUCCCUGUUGAGCAAUUCACUGAAUUACUAAUCCACGAGGAAUUGUUCUGUUUACUCGCGGAUCGAAUUUAAGCCCCGCCGGCUUCCGUUUGUGUUUAAAAUUACACUGGCAUUGUUUCGUUGUUACAAUUAUAAAGCAAAACAAUCAAACAUCCGUAAAAUAUUCUAUGAAGGAAUCUCUACCAUAUUCACACAACAAACACUGGAGCUGCGAUUGUCUUAUUGUCCCUUUUUCAAAUUCAAGUGACCUAAAGCUCCUUUCGCUGAACUUAGUUAUAAAUUCACUUAGGUCACGGUUACCAAACAUAAUCUUAAAAAAACCUAAGAACGUGAAUUUUUGCUGAAAAAGUAGGCAGGUAUUUUGAUAUCAAGAACAACUAAAAUGCUUACGAAAUCCAUUGUUUUUCAUGGACGAAACAAGCGCCAAAUUUUUCCCGCGAAAUAAAUGCCUCAAAAAUGCACGUUAUUGCUUUGUUUUGAUACACGAUCCUUAUAACAAUCUUUUCAGGUCAGGGCAAAGAGAUUUCCUUUGAAAAUUCAGCAAAAUAAAGAAUAGUUCAGUGAAUUUUCUGUCUAUUUGGAACAAGCGGCUAAUUUCACGAGUUUCUCUUGCGUUGAGUACUAUUUUCUUUAAAGCUCCUCUUUUUGCGUGUUUUGCGUUUUCCAACUAACUCAAUCGACUUCCGUUGAUCCUCUUGCCUCUUCAGAUCCAUUUGAGUUAUUUGUAAACAUGUUUAUCGGCAUUCACGUACAGAUCCUAAAAAUCUAUACCUUUUUGUGUUCUUUCACGUUCAGCACACCACAACUUGAUGAAAAAGCCACUCACAAAAAAAAUCAUGUUUUUUAAAACUUCAUCACGCUGAAUCUGUCAAACGCCAACGAAUUCUCGUGGAGCUAAAUUCAUCAGGAAUGAACACGAGAAAAAAUUCUUUGUUGUAUGGAAAAGACUUAUAAAAAACGUCGCAUUAGAACCGGUUUAGUAGUUAAGGACAGCAAACAGUGGAGAGUUGUUGUUUUCAAUUGCCCGUUAGACAUCUUAACGGGAGGUGUCAAGAUUGAAUAAUUUACGGAGCGAGGAGUGUAAUAUAUCUCUUAUUCGUUAGCAACGCUUUUUAAGAGCUAACGUGGGCUGGUAAAGCAGUUUUUAAAUCCCUAUGUGGUAGUUAAUUUCACAGAAACCGACGAAAUUUUCAUUAAUCUGGUUGCGAAAUCCCGUGACAACUAGCUUUCCUACUGGAUUGGUAGACUACUCUUGUCCGUCGGCCCAUCGGAAGUGUAUGGAAGGGGGGGGUGUUCGAUGUUCCUAGUAGUUUUCCCGAAAUCGCCAAAGCUAGCAGGAAGUGCAAAACGUUCACGAUAACAAAGAUACCAAGGCUUAUGUUAUUUUAAGGUGAAAUUGGAAAUCCAAUAAAUAUCCAAUGGAUUUAUACUUUUGAACUCUAAUAUAAAAGAUUUCCGUUUUUCAGCAAAUCCUCCCAUUUUUAAACAUUCCCAUUUCUGACCUUUGAAGUCCGUAAGUGGUAGGUGAAGACCCUCCACGUGCAGCUUGCGUGUUUAUUUCGUAACUUUUAAUCGAUAACCGCUGGGAUGUCACGCUAUCCAGUCGAGUUGACAAUUUUAGGCCUAGAAAUUCACCUUUACUGCAUAUUUUUUACAGGCCUUCACUAUUCCAGUUUCUACCACAUUGGGUCCUGAAAGCUGGCUUGGCGUGCCGACCUUCAAUGGUAUUUCUUACCUGGGUUCUUUAAAAAUCAAGAAGACGUAUCUCCUCAUGAACGAGAGUAUCAGUUUGCUUUUGGAAAAAGCGCACCCCAAAGAAUUCAAAAACAUUUAUCUUGAAGUGCGACCUGAGGAAAUCCGUCUCAUCGACGCUAAGGACAAUAAAAUCCUCCACAAACAUGCCAUUCCUUGGAUUCUUCUACUCGGCGUUUACGAACAGGACACUCGGUUCUUCGGGUACGUCGUGUCGGAGGCCCGACAAGACGAAAAAACCAAGAUGUUUUGUCACGUGUUCCGCUGCAGCCGAAUCACGAUGUCUGUGGCUGCAACCGAGGCAAUCCGGGUAGGUUGCCAGGCAACUUACUCUGACCGCAGAGACUCGAUUCGUUCAUCGAGGCGCAUUUCUUUCCGUUCAGACUGUUCCAGUGGAUCCCAAGAGGGUUCGUCUUCCCCUUCUAAUUCUUUGGACACUUCCGAUUCUUUGGUACGUAUAGUCUUCCACUCUCCUAGUACAGUCAAACCCAGUUAACUGAGGGGACCAUAGAAAGAGUCUGUAUUAACAGGGUGUCCGCAUUAAGCGAGUCGAAUUUAACAGUGGUCUUUUUGGGGAGGUCAGGUUGCCUACAAAAAUCGAAGCAGCCGGAGUUUUUUUUUUUUCGAGCAGAGCUCCCGACACAUACUUUUUGAAGGAGAAUUUACUGCAUGCAAUUUCUUAGGUACGAUAUAUUAAGCUUACCUUGCGAGCAGUGUUUCUCUCUGGCAUGGCUUUUAGCGAUUACGAAGUCGUUCGCGUCGCUUGUCAGUCGCGUAGUAUAAAAUAAAGCAACGUAACUAAGCGGCUGACAAGCUACACGAACCUUUGCUCGCAAGGUGUGUAAAGACCUGUGUUCUGACUAAAAGUUCUUCGUAUACUGUGAAUAGCGUGACAGAUACAACGAACGUAGAGCGCUUCAGACUAUGCGUCAAGUAGUCGCUUACAAGAGGUUAAAAACAAUUAAUUUUUUUAAAAAAUUUUCUCCGAAGUAGUCGCGGUUGCUUUCGAGAGGUGAUCGUUUACGAGAGGUUUCACGUACAGUAAUGUGAUGAAAAAUUUUGCUGUUUUGGAUAAGUGGUCGCGUAUUACAAGAGCUUGUCGCCUAGGAAGGUUCGACUGUAUACAGAAUCUAUUUUUUUACUCCCUCUCCUCCCCUUUUUUUAAUUUGAAAUCAGGUGCGCUUACACUAGACGUUUUCCCAAAAGCUUCCCUUGGGGAAAUAGUUCACACGUUUUGCCAUUGACUAUUUGCCACCAGAAUGGUGACCCAUUGAGCUCCAACCAAGCCUUUCCUCACCCUUUUGACUAUAUUUGAGCGAGUAAACACUCAAGACAUCCUUGUUACGUUCUCAGAAGUAAGAAAAGAAAAGAAAAAGAUGGAAUUACGUGAGGGGUUGCUGACAGGUCAAGAGGGAGGAAGUCCUUGUCAAAAAACUAACAUCGUUAUUUUUUUUAUACGGCACGUUCAAGUCAGUCAAGUGUUUAUCCUUACUAUGAAAAAUAAAAAAAUCGAUUAAUCAUUUCCCAACUAUAUUAAGUUUCCGAUUAGAAUUCAAUAGCGCCAUUGUUUUGUACCUUUUUGUCAUACUAGGGUUUCACUCGUUUCACUGUAGUUUAAAUAAGGAAACACAAAUUGUAAACUUGCGAACAUACGCCAGGAGCCAUUCGUCCCUUUAUCAACAUAAAUGCUGUUAGGUCCUCUCUGAUUAGGUCAUGAGCGAAUUAUUUCAAGUUUAACGCAGUAGAAAUUUCUAAAUCUUCAUUCGAAAUUACAGAGUCACAUUUGAAUUUUAAACUUUUAAUGGGAUCACCUAAGGGCCAUAAAAUUGCAGUCGUAUUAUGAAGUUUUUGGCAUUUAUAUCAACAUGGGUUUUUGCAGUUUGAGCCGAAAGAAUAUGGUCGUUUAAAAGGCGUGAACUUGUGUUAACGAAAUGGUCGAAAAACAGAAUGUUCGGAAGGCGAGGUUCCUCGGCCGGUGUUGAAGUAUUGGCUACAUUAAGGAUCCGCGUGAGAUUGGGUCGGUAUUGUGCCGAAUUGCACUAUGGGGCUGUUUUGGGGACUCUAUCUCUUCUUUUAUUGGCUAUUACAAAGUUGCGCACGCGCAGAAAACUGAGUCAAAAUUCUUACCGCAAAACAGUUCCAUGGUGCAAUUCGACACAGCACCAAACCAGUCUCCCGCAAAAUUGCCAAUCGUUCAGUGACUUCAUCUUUGCUGCUCACACUUGGAAACACAUCUCUCUACUGUUUUUAAACUAUAAAAUUCAAGGUCGUGAAAUAUUUUGUUGUUGUUGUUGUUGCAGAAUAAGGAACAUGAAGAAACGCACAAAGAUGUAACGCAGGAGAAACCUAAGAGCAAGGGAAAAGAUCCAGCAAAGAAACACAGCCAUUCAAAACUGAGGCGAUUCUCGUCGAUGCCGCAUCUUCUUAGAGGUAGCUCUAAGAAAGACAACAGUCAAAAAGUGGAGGAUAUCGCUGAUAAACGUCACCCGAGCAAUGCCAGAACAGUGUCGGUAAGCUCGACAGGCAUGGACGAUGUUAUCGAUAGCUCUUGGGAAAUCGUGGAAGAGGAGAUGGACUAUAGUUGCAAUGCGACGUAUCUCUGUUCGACGGUCAUCAACCCACCUCUUCGACCAAAACAUUUGCGCGAGUGCGUGAAACAGUACCAGAAACAGCAAACAAAAUCGCUGAAAAAGUUCGGCAUGGCAAAAUCAUCAAACGAGGUCGUUUUAAAUCUGACCCUGGAGGGGGUGAAAAUGACGAACGCCACAGAGAGAGGAGGACAAGGGAUGUUUUUUCCCAUCGAUUCGGUGAGCCACGUGAUGGCCCAUCCUGAGAACGCAGAAUACUUUGCUUUUUCUACUAUCGUAACUGGCGACUCAAAACAUAAGUGCCACUUGUUUGAACAAACGAAAAUUCCUCCUACGGAGCUUAUAGAGAGGUUCCAAGCAUUUAUGUAGAUUAACUGACAGCAUAAUGUCCAGAAACAUAAUCCUCGGGCGAUUUUCGUAUGACUUAAAAACCUAACCAAAAACAGUUUAAGAGCCAUGGGAGAGAAAUUGACUUGCUUAGUUUCAAGCGGCUUUCUAUUGGUUUCCAUAGAAAACUGGUUGUUUAACAGCAGUAUUCUGUUUGGUCAAUCGAACAGAACUGCCCGAUCUUUUUAUUUGGGGUGAUUUUAUAGCGGAAAAACGAAUUGAUCUUGCUGGUCUUUUGACCUACCGGCGAAUUUAGAAAUUGCGUACUCAUCAGUGGUUGAGGUAUUUUUAAAGUCAUCUGAAAAUCGCUCAACUAUGUAGGUUGACUGUAAUAUCUCGGCUAAGAGAUGCAGUAAUUAAAAAUAAGCUUAGAUAUAUACACCCCUUGUUGAUAUCAGAAAAUGUCUUUAACCUGACCUGCUCACGUACAGGGACGCUAAGUGAGAGUAACUGAGAAAAUAGUCAAUUUCAAAGCCCAAUCAGUUCGUUCGUUUUUGAACGUUAAUCGCAUCUUAGCAAUAAUAUUGCAUUCAAUUUCGUAUAUCUUUUUCAGCGUUCAUUGUGUAAAUGUUUUGACACAUUUUUUUUUUGUUUAAUGUAUUUUUUAUUCUUUGGUUUCAAAAGAUGACAUGGGAAAUAAACAUUUCCUUAACAGAAAAUUCUUGUUCUGAAGAAGUAAAUACAUUUUUUUUAGGUUUCUUAAGAAAAUUUGUAUUAUAAUGCUGAGAAAAAGCAACAAAAUAUAUUAAAAGAGGUCUUAGUUAUCUUUACAUGUACAGUUUGACAAACGCUCUUUUUAAUCCUGUUGUUGAAAUUUUUAACUUAAAGAGAGAAGAUUAUUUAUCAUAAAUUUCUUAAAUUUAACAAUUAAUGUGUUUAAGCAAUUAGGGAAUUUUCCUUUCAAUAUAAAUCAUGCAUUAUUUGGACAUUCCAGGUGUCCAUCCCUACCCUCCCCCCUUAGUGCGUACCACCUCACGCACUACCCCCAAGUGAAAUCUGAUCCUAGUGACAAUUCUCUAAGCCAUACUGCUUUGAGAGCGUUUACUUCCCUUAAAUUUUGCGCUGGAAGGUCCUUUUCUUCUGUGCUCAUGGUAAGCUAACUUGUAGAACGGAGCGGCUAGACCAGUUUAGUCUUAAAGAGAAUUUCAUUAUUCAUUAAGACUUUCCAGCCAAAUCAAAGACACAGAGAAUAAAAAGGACUUUGGGGGAAAAGUUUCGAAAAACACCUUCAUUUUUGAAAUGACUGGUUCGAUCUGUGAGUUCCUUUGGUAAGCAGAUCAUAUUCCUAAGUCUUCGAGAAAAACGUUAAUUAUCAAUCGCUCGAAAUAGAGGCAUUCAACCACAGACCAACCCAACAGUGUUAAUAACUCGCUUUUAGGUUGUGAAGGUGUGGGGCUGUGGUUUCGUGGAUAUGUUUAAUACAAUGACAGUAUCUCAUAGAAUGACUUUUAACAUGGAAAAUAAAAUGUCAAUUCACUACAAG